ACAGUCAACGCGUGACCGUAUAUGUAGUUGAUGUUUGACUGGCGCUUGCAACUACGCCACAGUACUAGUAUUUUCAACCUGGCUACCUCUCUCUGCAUCUCAGAAACCUUCCCUUGAGUACAUCCAGAACCAUUACGGUGCUAAAUGGAUGCGACUGAUCUUUUUUCAUUCUUGAACGACAACACCGAUCUGAACAAUGACCCUGGUGCCGAAAUGGAUGUGGAGAUGCCAACAGGGCCAAAUCAGGAUACAACUUCGAAAAAACGCAAGGCAGACGAUAGCGUCGCAAACCUAACCCUUUCGGCAGUUGAGGAGAAACACUUACUUCAAGGAAGCCACUCCCCGAGUGAAUCUUUAGAUCCCAUAUCUAUAAAACGUCUCAGAGUGCACCCGCAGCCUAUUGUUCUUGAUGAAGUUAGAAUCGAAGCUAAGAGACAAAUCGCUGGAAGCGUUGGUCUCUUAGGUACCGCUGAAGCCACCUCCCAUUUAGAGCUGCGUCAUCAGGUUCGCCACCAAGUUGCCAUUCCACCCGGCUAUUCGUAUGUUCCCAUAGCCAACCAUAUCCCUCCUCCAAAGCCCGCGCGGGAAUACAGCUUUCCGUUGGACCCAUUCCAGCAGGUGUCGAUUUAUGCAAUUCAACGAAAUGAAAGUGUGCUUGUAUCCGCACAUACGAGUGCUGGGAAGACCGUAGUCGCGGAAUACGCAAUCGCGCAAUGCCUCCAGAAUAAGCAGCGUGUAAUUUAUACCAGUCCGAUCAAAGCUUUGAGUAAUCAAAAAUAUAGAGACCUGCUUGCGUUGUUUGGAGACGUGGGGUUGAUGACGGGAGAUAUCACAAUCAACCCAUCCUCCUCUUGCCUUGUGAUGACCACAGAGAUCCUACGUUCUAUGUUAUACCGGGGUUCUGAGAUUAUGCGGGAGGUUGCCUGGGUCAUCUUUGACGAGGUACACUACAUGCGAGACAAAGAACGAGGCGUGGUCUGGGAAGAAACCAUCAUCCUUUUGCCUCAUGCUGUCCGAUAUGUCUUCCUCUCAGCUACUGUCCCCAACGCCAUGCAAUUUGCCGAGUGGAUCUGCAAGUCUCAUGAGCAACCGUGUCAUGUAGUUUACACGGAUUUUCGACCAACACCUCUUCAACAUUUUUUAUUCCCUGCCGGUGGAAAAGGAAUUUACCUGGUCGUCAACGAGAAGGGGGAGUUCAGACAUGAUAAUUUCGCAAAUGCUAUGGGGGUGUUACAGGAACAUCAAGGUCAAGAUCCAUCCUCGUCGAAGAGUGGAAGACAGGGAAAACAAGGCAAAUCCAAGAAAGGAGGCAAGAAGAAUGAACUUCCGGAUGUCGAAAAGAUCGUCCAGACCAUUAUGUCCCGAAACUAUUCGCCCGUCAUUGUGUUUUCCUUUAGCAAGCGUGAAUGCGAGGCACAUGCGAUCUCCACGGCUAAAUUCGAGUUCAACUCAACUGAUGAACAAGACAACGUCACAAUGGUGUUCACAAAUGCCAUUAAUACCCUGUCCGAGGAGGAUCGACGAUUACCCCAGAUAGUCAAUUUACUUCCUCUGCUCAAACGCGGCAUUGGCAUCCAUCAUGGAGGGCUUCUUCCUGUUUUGAAGGAGGUAACGGAGUUACUUUUUCAGGAGGGACUUGUGAAAGUUCUCUUUGCCACCGAGACUUUCUCCAUUGGUCUAAAUAUGCCAGCUAAGACUGUGGUGUUCACUUCCUCGCGCAAGUUCGAUGGCCAUCAGUUCAGACCUCUUUCAUCCGGUGAAUAUAUUCAAAUGUCGGGUCGUGCUGGACGUAGGGGACUUGACGAUCGGGGCGUUGUCGUCAUGAUGUGCGACGAAAGAUUGGAGCCGUCUGUUUUGAAGGAUAUGAUCAAAGGUCAAGCUGAUCGUCUGGACUCCGCAUUCCACCUUGGAUACAACAUGAUACUGAACCUCAUGAAAGUUGAGGGUAUCAGUCCUGAGUAUCUCCUGGAACAUUCCUUCUACCAAUUUCAAAGCGCAGCAUCCGUCCCUUUGCUAAUGGAGGAUCUUCGGCGAGAGGAGGAGACGGCGCGUUCCAUCGUUAUCUUGGAUGAGCCGUUGGUGGCCGAAUAUUACGGUUAUCGUCAACAGUUAGAUCAAAUGGCAUCCGAUUUCAAAGAUGUGAUUACACAUCCUACGUACAGUGUUCCCUUCCUGAAUCCUGGCCGGCUGGUGAAGGUCAAGCACGGAGCUGUGAAUUUCGGAUGGGGUGUCGUGCUGAGUUUCAGGAAGCUGUCAACUAAUAAGGUGGAAAACUCUGGUGUUUUGGUGCCCCAAGAGCAGUAUGUGAUCGACGUUCUCUUGAAUUGUGCUUCAGGAUCGAUGCCACCGAAGGAACAUAACUCCCCAUCUAUCACUCCGGGCGGUGUUUCACCAUGCCCCGCAGGUCAGAAUGGCGAACCUUUGGUAGUACCCGUUUUACUGCUCGCCAUUGAUGCUAUCAGUUCUCUUCGGGUCGUUCUUCCAAAGGAUCUCCGUCCGCGACAAGCACGUGACACCGUCUGGAAGAGUGUGUUGGAGGUACAUCGCCGAAUGCCCGAUGGGAUCCCUCUGCUUGAUCCAAUCUCGAAUAUGAACAUUACAGACGAUAAGUUCAAGGUUCUCGUUCAAAAGAUCGAACUCAUGGAGAGCAAACUCUUCGCCUCUCCCCUGCAUCAUGACCCCCGCCUCCCGGAGCUGUAUUCUCAGUAUACUCGCAAGAUGCAAUGUCAAACACGUGUCAGGGAACUUAGGAAAACGAUACGUGCGGCUAACGACAUUCUCCAGAUGGAAGAGCUGAAAAACCGCAAGCGUGUUCUACGUCGUCUGGGCUUUGUGACUUCGGAGGAUAUCGUUGAUUUGAAGGGCAGGGUUGCCUGCGAGAUCAGCACGGGAGAUGAGUUAUUGCUCACCGAGCUCAUCUUUAACGGGACAUUCAAUCAGCUCUCACCGGAGCAGUGCGCCGGGUUGCUCAGCUGUUUUGUCUUUACUGAGAAGAUGAAUUUGCAGAGCGAUCAAGUCACCAAACUCACGGAAGAACUAGCAACACCACUUCGGGCAAUGCAGGAGAUUGCUAGACGUAUUGCCAAGGUUUCUUCCGAAUCCAAGCUGACGCUCAAUGAGGAUGAAUACGUUCAAUCAUUCAAAGUAGAACUGAUGCACGUAGUAGUGCAGUGGUGUCGAGGAGCCUCUUUCUCCGAUAUUUGCAAGCUUACAGAUCAAUUCGAAGGCAAUCUCAUUCGUGUCUUCCGUCGCCUUCAAGAGUUGAUUCGACAAAUGAGUCAAGCGGCAAAGGUCAUUGGCAAUGCGGAGCUGACAGAGAAGUUUGAUAAAGCGUCCGCGAUGUUGGAACGCCCCAACUCAGUGAUAUUCUCUUCAUCUUUACAUCUGUAGACGUGUGUAAUCACCGAAUCCCCUCUGUGUUCGGUCUGGUGGUGCAGUUCAGUUCAUGGCCCACCAAUCCUUAUUGUCCAGAUCAUUAGCGAAAUCCGACGUUUGGUGUCGAAAUGAUGCCAAAAUCAAAAACUAGUCGACUUGCCUUCCUUUAGGAGAGAGAGCCUUGGAAACGCGAAGAGGUGAAUUGUGGAGUCAGGAUUGUCAAAAGAUGUCAAAUAGGAAUGCCUGAGCUAGUGUUAUACGUUGAUAUACAUUUGCAUAUAUUGGAAACUG